UCUUAUUUUCCUUUUAUGUUCUUUUGUUAUAUAGGAAGUAAUGAAGAUGAGAGUGCUGUUGUAAGGAAAGAAAGGAGACAAGCCAUUCCAAAUCCUAUGAGACAAAAGACGAAGAAACUGAGUGAGAAGCAAGAUAUCAAAUACAGUGACAGUAGUGAAGAUGAAUCUAAGGAUACGAUGGUCAGCUAUAAAUCCAGUAGAUCCGCUAAACCAACUGGACCAGAAGAUGGGGGUGCUACAGCAACCUAUAACCUGGAUACAGAUUUCAAUGAAGAUGCACAGGCAUUGUUUGAGAAACAGAAGAAGAUCAAUGAGGAGUUGAAAGGAGAGGAGGAUGACAAGAAGUACAGAGGAAUCAAUAACUAUCAUACAUACAUUGAGAAGAGAGACACAGCACAGGGUAAUGCAUCCAGUGGUCACGUAAGAAAAGGACCAAUGAGGGCGCCAACCAACCUUCGUUCGACCACCCGAUGGGAUUAUGCACCUGAUAUCUGUAAAGACUACAAGGAGACUGGGUUCUGUGGGUUUGGUGAUAGCUGUAAGUUCAUGCAUGACAGAUCCGACUACAAGUUUGGAUGGCAGCUUGAGAAGGAAUGGGACGAUGGAAAAUAUCAACAACAACAAGAUCCCAGUAUGUAUGAGAUUGAUAGUGACGAGGAUGAUGGCCUACCUUUCAAAUGUUUCAUCUGUAGACAAUCAUUUACCAGCCCCGUUGUCACAAAAUGCAAGCAUUACUUUUGUGAAAAGUGUGCUCUAAAGCACUACAAGAAGAGCAAACGAUGUUUUGUGUGUGGAACACAGACCAAUGGUUUAUUUAAUGUAGCUAGAGAGCUGAUAGCCAAACUAGAAAAAUACCAUGGAAACGGACGAGGUAGCGACAGUGAACCCUCAGAAGCGGAUGACCACUCCGACAAUGAGGAAACAAGAUGACAAUAAAGACUGUGUGAUGAUGAUGAUGAAAGAAGUAUGUAGGAGGAGGACAAUACUGAUGGUGAUGUUAGUGACAUUUCACAGUUUUGUGGAAGAUCAAUUAGUGCAUUUCACAAAUCUUGCCCACAAGUCGCACCCUAAUUGUGAUGUCACUCCUUUGCAUUAAUCCUGACGUUGACAACAGUGUAUUGAACAUCAAGCAUUAAUAAACAUGUUUCUCUUUCUAAGGAAAUGACACUACUAUCAAUUCUGCUGACUGGUCUUCAUUCUUGGGAGCCAUCAUUUUUUUCCUUUAAAUUGUCUUUUUUCACUCAAAGAAUGUGUUAUGCAGGAAAGAGCUGUCAACCUGCAAGGAAAAGUAAGCCUGUCAUGAUAAUGAACGUUGUUGAUGCAUGUGUUAUGAUGAAACACAUGGAUUAACAAUUCAUCCUUGCAUCGAGGACUUUUAUGACGAUACUCCUUUUGACACUAUUGACAUUUUAACAGAUUUUAAGCAAAGUUCUGUUCAAAGUGGAAUGAACAGUAAGGCCCAGUGUCUUGUGAUGAAUCUUAAUGUUAAGAGAAAAUAGUGAGCACAGAAGUAUUUUUUUUCAUUGAGGUUGUAUAGUAUGUAUCUUGAGCAUCCCAUAUAGAUUUUGGAAUAGAGAAUUGAAAGGCAUUCAUCAUUGGUCCUCUGUUUGCGCACUGAUAUAGUUUUUUGCAGGUCAUAACCGGUUGAUUAUAUAUUGAUCUAUGAUACAAACCUAGAAAUUGACAAUUGCUGUUUAUGUGACCAAGGAAAUGACUCACAAAGUGUUACCUAUAAUUAAAACAUAUAUGCUAAAAGGAUUGUGGUAUACAUGUACUGUAAAAUGUGUAAUCGGUGACGAAUUAACAAAACAAGCAUGUCAUUCCAGACAGAUAUCGGUUCUCUUUUUCAAGCAAUGAUAAUAAUAAUAGUUUUCAUGCUGAAAAUUAACCUUGAUUUAAAGACUUUCUCAUUGAAUCAUUGUUUGCUGCAACUUCUUUCUUUUAGCUCAAUAAUGGCUAGGUUUAUGAAGAAAAAAAAACAGCAAGCUUUGGAAUAAAGAUUAGUUAUGGUCAUUUUCUAUAGCAUAUCUCAAAAUAACAGAAAAAACCCAUUAACUCUGAAUAAGAAAAAAAAAUACUCCAAGUAUAUCAGUGCAAGGCAAAUCCCGAUAAAACAUUGUAAUUAUUUCCAACAUAACAUUUUUUAUGACAGUUUAAAGCAGAUUACAUUUGUUUUAUUCAAACUGAACAUUUUGAGAUAAUUGUAAUAAAGUAGCAAAUGUAAAUAAAUGUCAUAAUUUUUUUUGUAAUUUCUGGCUGGUGUACAAUUUGUAUGAAUUGGCCUGUCAUGUAUUCAUUCUGUUAAUAAGAACUGGAUGAAAGAAUAUUAUUCUGUAGACGGUUGGAUGAUUGGUUUUUGCACACUUAAGGUUUCUUUAAAAUCUCAUUGACCAAUUAUUAAGUUAGUCACAUUCAUUAUAAAUUGUAUCCCUUUGUGAUAUACAUUUUCAUUGUUUCAGCUGUUUAUUUAUCCAAUUAUGUAUCCAUCCAUUAAUUUUAUAUAUAAAUUUACUCAUUUACUCAUCAAAUAAUUCAUUCCUUUAUUCAUUUACAUGGAUUUACACUAAACUGCCAUUCACCCAGACAUUCAUAUGUUCAACAAAUCAGUCAACUGCAAUUCUAAAUUCACAACUCUACCCAUUUCCAAAAUGUACUCUUUCAUUUUUAUGUAGGCUUGCAGUCAACAAUUUAUCCAUCAAUUGGCAGAUUGGGGGCACUUUCUAAUAAAAAAUAAAAUGUGUUUUGUUGCUUGUCAAA